CCCAUGCAUCACAGUGCAAUUUAGCUGAAGCAAAGCAAUGGCUACUUCAAAGUUGAAAACCCAGAAUGUGGUUGUAUCUCUCUCCCUAACCUUAACCUUGGUACUGGUGCUACUGACCAGCAAGGCAAACUCAGCGGAAACUGUUUCUUUCAGCUGGAACAAGUUCGUGCCGAAGCAACCAAACAUGAUCCUCCAAGGAGACGCUAUUGUGACCUCCUCGGGAAAGUUACAACUCAAUAAGGUUGACGAAAACGGCACCCCAAAACCCUCGUCUCUUGGUCGCGCCCUCUACUCCACCCCCAUCCACAUUUGGGACAAAGAAACCGGUAGCGUUGCCAGCUUCGCCGCUUCCUUCAACUUCACCUUCUAUGCCCCUGACACAAAAAGGCUUGCAGAUGGGCUUGCCUUCUUUCUCGCACCAAUUGACACUAAGCCACAAACACAUGCAGGUUAUCUUGGUCUUUUCAACGAAAACGAGUCUGGUGAUCAAGUCGUCGCUGUUGAGUUUGACACUUUCCGGAACUCUUGGGAUCCACCAAAUCCACACAUCGGAAUUAACGUCAAUUCUAUCAGAUCCAUCAAAACGACGUCUUGGGAUUUGGCCAACAAUAAAGUAGCCAAGGUUCUCAUUACCUAUGAUGCCUCCACCAGCCUCUUGGUUGCUUCUUUGGUCUACCCUUCACAGAGAACCAGCAAUAUCCUCUCCGAUGUGGUCGAUUUGAAGACUUCUCUUCCCGAGUGGGUGAGGAUAGGGUUCUCUGCUGCCACGGGACUCGACAUACCUGGGGAAUCGCAUGACGUGCUUUCUUGGUCUUUUGCUUCCAAUUUGCCACACGCUAGCAGUAACAUUGAUCCUUUGGAUCUUACAAGCUUUGUGUUGCAUGAGGCCAUCUAAAUGUGACAGAUCGAAGGAAGAAAGUGUAAUAAGACGACUCUCACUACUCGAUCGCUAGUGAUUGUCAUUGUUAUAUAUAAUAAUGUUAUCUUUCACAACUUAUCGUAAUGCAUGUGAAACUAUAACACAUUAA